CCCACUUCGGAUAACUCCCACUCCCACUCCCCCUCCCCCUCCCGCUGACCUCUCGGCCAUUGUAGCAUAAAUCGAAGGGCGGCGCGGAGACCGGAAGCGAUUAGGAGGAGAUGGCGGCGCACGCGUGCGUGUCGACGGCUUCCUCGCCUCUCAGAUUCACCUCCCUCGCUCCCUCCCCCAACCCUAGCUCUUCCCUCGACUCUCCCAGGCUCGCGCUCGCCGCCUCGGAGCAGCUUCGUUCCAGGAAAUUUAACAAGCUUGUUUGCAACAGAAAGAAUCUUCAGCGGGUAAAGGCCGUUUAUUCGGGUGAGUUCUGGGCUCCAGAGAGGAGUUCUCGGCAGGGCAUUUGGUCCAUAAGGGAGGAUUUGCAAAUUCCAUCUUCACCAUACUUCCCUUCUUAUGCACAAGGUCAAGGGCCUCCGCCAAUGGUACAAGAGCGUUUUCAGAGCGUAAUCAGCCAGCUUUUCCAAUAUAGAAUAAUACGCUGCGGUGGUGCUGUUGAUGAUGACAUGGCCAACAUAAUCGUUGCUCAGCUUCUUUAUCUAGAUGCUGUUGAUCCGAACAAGGAUAUUGUAAUGUAUGUGAAUUCUCCUGGAGGAUCUGUUACAGCUGGUAUGGCUAUAUUUGACACGAUGAGGCAUAUUCGUCCCGAUGUCUCCACUGUAUGUGUUGGACUUGCAGCUAGUAUGGGGGCAUUCUUACUAAGUGCCGGGACCAAAGGGAAACGAUAUAGUUUGCCAAACUCAAGAAUAAUGAUACAUCAACCUCUUGGUGGAGCACAAGGUGGACAAACUGACAUAGAUAUCCAGGCAAAUGAAAUGCUGCAUCAUAAGGCAAACCUUAAUGGCUAUCUCUCUUAUCACACGGGUCAAAGUCUUGAGAAGAUCAACGAGGACACAGAUCGUGAUUUCUUCAUGAGUGCCAAGGAAGCCAAAGAAUAUGGACUUAUUGAUGGUGUGAUCAUGAAUCCUCUCAAAGCUCUUCAGCCUCUGGCAGCUGCAGCAGAUUCAUGAAGCCACCUUAUAUCUAAGCUUUCUUGGCGGGUUGUUGGAGGGUUGACCAUUUUCAUCCUCAAGUGUUCAUUUGUGCUAAACAAUGGUUGAUACCUGCAGCACGAAUUUAAAAUAGGAAUGGAGCUCAUCUUGGCUAGAUUUGUUUUUUGGGGAACAAAUUAGUUUACUAUACAGGUACUGCUUGGCUGUGAUAAGUUCAAUCUCAACUUUGCUACUUA